AUUAUAGAGACGCUUUAAUAACAAAAACACUGCACCAGGAACACGUGACUUCUGUCAGUGUGCACAGUGUAAACACGACGCCACUGUUUACUGUGAUACAGGAAGUGAGAGAGGCAAAACACAAACAAACCGGAAGUGCAUGAGCGGAUGAUGACGUUUCACCUGAGGCGACUGGAACAGCUGACGAGGAGGAUUUAGAUUUAUUUAGAUUUAUUUAAUCAGACCGAAUAAAAAGGACGAGAUUUGACACGGAUUGACGUUCUGUAGGUAAAAACGAAACGCAGGACUCUUCGCUCACACACGGGUGUUGUGUUCCGUCCCCGAGCUCCUCUGUGCUGUUACACUAAACCAUGUGACUCAGAUGCUGGAGCUGUAGAUGAUUCUGUCCCUCAGGUGUCAGGACUCACGGUGUGACUGGACGCAGGACGGGGACAUGUGGAGGUGACGCUGAUUAUUUCUCCUGUUACGUGUAGUUUAGUGAGUGGAGCCUCAGUCAGGACGGUCCACACUGCCACACGGGUCACACGGCCACUUUGUGUCACUGCCUCCAUCUUUAUAAGCGCCCUAUUAGCCGUCACACCAUGGCAGAGCCCACGCCAGGCCCGUGCAGAGACGUGCGUGAAGAGGAACAGGCGAGCGACGACAACAAAGCCAGUAGCCGAGUAAACGACAAAGAUAAGACGUCCAGCGAGACGCCGCCGUCUCAGACGAGCACGGCUUGCUCGGACAGCGAGGACACCGGCGCCGCCAGCCGCAGCAGGAGCCUUUCAGAGAGGGAGGAUUCGGAGAUCACGUCGUCCGUGAGCAGCAUCGUAGAUGAAACGCCAUCACUGUCCACGCUGAACGGCGGCGUGUCCACGGCCACAGAUGAACCGCAGACAUCUGUGAGGUCGGUGUUGGAGGCGGAGCUGGAGGCGGAUGGAGCGACAUCCUGGAGCGAGGAUGUGGCGAGCGUAGAGGCGGCGCAGGCUGCAGUGUCGACGCCCCCUUCUGUACCACCCUCGUCUGCCCCUCCCUCUGUACAGGAGCACUACUACGUCAAGUGGAUCACGUGGAAAGGGGAAAAGACUCCCAUUAUCACACAGAGUGAAAACGGACCCUGCCCCCUGCUGGCCAUCAUGAACAUCCUCUUCCUCAGGUGGAAGGCGAAGUUGCCCCCCCAGACUGAGGUCAUCACCAUCGACGAGCUCAUGGCUCACCUCGGUGAGUGUGUGUUGUCCAUUAAGCCGAGAGAGGCAGCUGAGGACAUGGAGCUGAACUUUCAGCAGAACAUGAGCGACGCCAUGGCCGUGCUGCCCAAGUUAUCCACGGGUCUGGACGUAAACGUGCGCUUCACCGGAGUGGCAGAUUUCGAGUACACACCCGAGUGCAUCGUGUUCGAUUUGCUGAACCUUCCUCUGUACCACGGCUGGCUGCUGGACCCACAGAGCCCAGAGACGGUGACUGCGGUGGGGAAACUGAGCUACAACCAGCUGGUGGAGAAGAUCAUCAUCUACAAACACUCCACAGACAGCAGCCAAGUGAGCGAAGGUCUGAUAGCGGAGCAGUUCUUGGAGUCGACGGCCACCCAGCUGACGUAUCACGGACUGUGCGAGCUCAACACCACCGCCAAGGAGGGAGAGCUGUGUGUGUUCUUCAGGAACAACCACUUCAGCACCAUGAUCAAGCACAAGGGUCACCUGUACCUGUUGGUGACCGAUCAGGGCUUCCUCCAGGAGGACACCUUGGUGUGGGAGAGUCUCCAUAACGUGGAAGGUGAUGGGAAUUUCUGUGACUCGGAGUUCCGACUGUGCCAUCCGUCACAGAAGAUCGCCAGCAGGUCGACGGCGCAGCAGCAGCAGAUGCAGAUCGAUCAGGACUACCUGGUGGCCAUGUCCCUGCAGCAGAGUCAGGGUGAAGCUCCUGGACCUUUAAGCGACCUGGAGUUAGCGACACGGUUACAGCAGGAAGAAUAUCAGCAGCCUCCACAGGCCUCUGGGGAACAGAUGAGAGGAGGACCAGCGGCUCAUCACGGGGGGCGGAGACGGCAGGGCGAGAAGAAGGACAACUCGGACUGUUCCAUUCUAUAAGUCAGGAAAACACACACACACACACACUCUAAUGUUUAUAUGCAACUGCACCAGAAGACGCCAACGCCACGAAUAAGUCUGAAAUCUCCGUCAUUUUUUCUCCAGCGAAUAUUUUGAAGUGUAGAGGAUCAGCCAGGGUUUGUGUGUGUGUGUGUGUGUGUGUGUGUGUGUGUGUGUGUGUGUGUGUGUGUGUGUGUGUUUACCUCUUAGCUACCAUGCUAACGUGUUACGGAAGUCUGUCUCACCGCCAUUAAAGGUCCAGUAGCCAAAACAACAUGUUUAUGAGCUCUUAACCGUUUCAUUAAACAACCACAGUGACAAAAAUCUCAUUAUUUUAUAACAUUAAAGAUAAAGGCCAGAGCUCCAGUGUCAUGUUCCAUGUGAUUCUGAGUCAUGUUCCAUGUGAUUCUGAGUCAUCUUCAGAUCAGUUACAUGCAGCGAUGACCGAGUCGGUUCUGUUACUGAAUCAGGUUAAGAUUCAGAUACACAGCGAUUCCGAGUCGGUCAGAUUCACACACUGUGAUUUUAAUGUUCCACGGUUUGCUUUAAAAGCCCCACAUUUUUAUCUGUUGAGAGGUUUUCGGAUGUGAACAUAUUAAAGUUCCCCCCAGUUUGAUGCAGUAAUUAUGAGUCGAUGCUAUCGAAGGGCUUUUGAUUGUGAUCCUGAGUCUUAAUCAUUUAUCUGUGUUGUAUUUAACAUGUUAUGGAUAUAUUAUUAAACCCUAACACUGUCGGGUCACAGCGUCUGUCACUGUGUACAGAAAAUACUUUAUUAUUAAAGAUUUUAAUGAAAAUAAAA